AUGGAAAGCUUCUUUGAGAGUGAGGAGUUUGGAAACAUCCUUCUCUCUGACAUACAAGUCACAUUCAGAGGCGUUGCCUUCUUAUACGGCGCGAUGCCACGGGAAUUCCCGGUGCUGGUGGAUGGAAUAGAGGUUGUGGUUCGUGGUCUCGUGUCAACCAAGGGCACAACGUCUCUCGGGGAGGCCAACUUGCGUGCCGUCAUGACAGCCACCUCCCCAGAAGGAUCCCAAAGUUGGACCAUGACUGCUGUGGCUGACCCCUUUGUCACAUCAAUAGGACUCCCCAACUCUCGCUGUUUCCAAUAG